AUGGAUCAAGAAGAAAAUCAACCAUUUCAAGGACAUUAUAAAACAGUACCAAACGCGCCAGAAACGUUUAUACCAAAAGAUGUACCACUACCUCCUAGACACGCGCGUUUUCGUCGUUGUAUUGGUGAUCAUUACGAAACGAGUGUUGCUAUUCUCAUGGGCGUUUUAAUUGUUAGUGCUAUUCUUUGCUUAAUUCUUGGCGGUGGUCGUAUGCGUAUACUUCCUGUUAUUAGUCUUAAUGCUGCUUAUAUUUGUGGCGGUAUUGGUAUCGGCGCUGCGGUUCUCAUCGUUGUAAUAAGUAUACUUCGGUGUCUUUGCAACCCAAAUUCGGGCAUCUGA